AUGUGCUCCCGCGGGUCUUGCCACGACUACGAGUCCUCCUGCCAUGGAUCCCGCUCCUCCUGCCAUGAGUCCCGCUCUUCCUCCUGCCACUCGGGGCCCUCCUGUCACUACACCAUCCAGAGGCAGCCUGUGCAGAAGUUCAGCUACGUGACGCCCUGCUGCCCCCCAGUGCAGCCCUGCUACCCCCCUGUGCAGCGUUACUGCCCCCCAGUGCAGCGUUACUGCCCCCCAGUGCAGCCCUGCUGCCCCCCAGUGCAGCGUUACUGCCCCCCAGUCUGCCCCCAGGUCACCAAGAACAUCUGCAAGCUGCCAUCAUCCUACCCCAAGUACUGA